GCGCCGGGCUCGUUUUUAGAUUCUAAUCAAGAAAAUGAUUUACUAUGGGAAGAGAAGUUUCCUGAAAGAACAGCCAUUACUGAACUACUCCAGACUCCUCACAUAUCAGUCUCCAAACCUGAUAUUCCGUCCUCAGAAAGUACUGAGUUACCUGUGGACUGGAGUCUUAAAACUCGACUCCUUUUCACCUCUUCUCAGCCCUUUACCUGGGCAGAUCAUCUGAAAGCACAGGAAGAGGCUCAAGGUGUCAUCCAGCAUUGUAGGGCAACAGAAGUUACUUUGCCUCAAAGUAUACAGGAUCCCAAACUCUGCACUGAGCUCCGUUGUGCCUUCCAGCAGAGCCUUAUCUAUUGGCUCCACCCUGCCUUUUCUUGGCUACCACUGUUCCCUCGUAUUGGAGCGGACAGAAGAAUGGCUGGAAAGACAAACCCAUGGUCGUAUGAUGAAACCCUGCAACACAAUUUAAUGAGUGACUGGUCUGUGAGCUUUACUUCUCUAUAUAAUCUGCUGAAGACAAGACUUUGCCCCUUUUUCUACGUUUGUACCUAUCAGUUUACCGUCCUGUUCCGUGCAGCAGGAUUAGCUGGAAAUGAUGUGAUCACAGCUCUCGUAUCUCCUACGACCAGAGGUAUAAGAGAAGCUAUGAAAAACGAAGGUAUUGAAUUUUCUCUGCCUUUAAUAAAAGAAAAUUGCCAUGAGAAGAAGAAAGCAUCUGAAACAAGCUUGGGACAUGAGGAGCAAGCAGUCAGCGAUGAGGAUGAAGAAGAAAGUUUUUCCUGGCUAGAGGAGAUGGGUGUGCAAGAUAGAAUCAAAAAACCAGACGUACUUUCUAUCAAGUUGCGUAAAGAAAAACACGAAGUACAAAUGGAUCACAGACCUGAGUCUGUUGUGUUGGUAAAGGGAUUGAACACCUUUACAUUGCUAAAUUUUUUGAUCAACUCUAAGAGUUUAAUUGCUACCUCAGGUCCACAGGCAGGACUUCCACCAACUCUCCUGUCCCCAGUAGCUUUCCGAGGUGCCACAAUGCAAAUGCUUAAGGCACGCAGUGUAAAUGUGAAGACACAAGCUCUUUCUGGAUACAAAGAUCAAUUUAGUUUGGAAAUUACAGGUCCUGUCAUGCCUCAUUCUCUACAUUCCAUGACCAUGCUCCUCAGAUCUUCACAGAGUGGGUCAUUUUCUGCAGGACUGUAUACACAUGAGCCAACUGCUGUGUUUAAUAUCUGCCCACCAAUGGAUGAAGUACUAGAUAAGGAGGCUGUUCAUGAGGAGCUUGCUAACUGUGGAUUGCACCCUAAGACUCUGAACCAACUUAGUCAAACACCAGCACUGGGGAAAUCAUCUUUACGGCAUGUGGAAAUGAGUGACUACAUUUAUAGUUGGAGAUCCUGAACACCAAAGUAAGCCUAACAGGAGUCUUUUGAGGAAAAAAGCCUUCUAGCAAAGAAAUUCAAGAUCCUUAUUCCUUUGGCUUUAAAGUUCACUUUGGAAGUUAACAGGAAUGUAACUUUUUAAGUAUUCAAGUGUUUAUAAACAUUAACCUUUUAAUUUUUAUUACACGCAGUAAGCAGAAGGAUUAAGGUUUUAAAAUCAACAUAUUGUUUUUACUAUUUUGAUUAGUCAGAUAUGAAGAUGAACUUUUUAAGAAGUUUAAAUAACUUGAAUGAAAAUUCUAGAUCCAUAUAACGUGAUUAAAAAAUGGGUAGAAAACUUGAGUGUUUCCUUGCAGGUGGAAAUUGAGGCUUAGGACCAGUUACGGCAUUGUGACUAAUAGCAUCAGGGCAAAUCUUUAACAGUUCACUUAGGAUUACCAGCCAGUUCUAGCUGUACAGAGGGAGAAAACAAAUGUAGACACAGCUACCGAGCUGAAUGCUGCUACCACCUAGUUGUUUAGUUCCUACCUGUUUAAAAGUUUGUUUUAAUGUACGGUAACUCAGAUAAGGGUAUUUUGUAUUCCACAUAGAACAGUAUUGAGUUGUAAAGUAUGCUCAGCUGUCGUGACAAGGUAGUAUUUAUUAUUUUCUUGUAGGCAUUUGUGUGUGUGUGUGUGUGUAUGUGUGUGUGUGUGUGUAUAAUUCAAACUUUCUUAAAUAAAAGCACUUAGAAAUCAAAA